UAACUCCAAAAUAUGCAGCAAGCACUUCAUCGGGAACGAGAAGCGGAACGAGGUCGCCCAUCCAGCCUAUAACCCGUCGAUCUUUCCGCCAGCCUACAUGAAGAGAGAGGUGCUGGGAAUCGCAGAACGACACGACAGGAAACUGAAGAGGGACGCGCACAGUGUUGCAGCAUCAGCGACAAGUGGACCCGAGAGUGGCGCGACCAUGGAGCAGCCAACGGAGCUACCCCAACUUUGUCCUUUAACAGUCGACGCUUGCACCAUGACCAAUGACGAAGGGACAGAUUUCUCACUGUGCAACCAGUUCUUUUGUUGCAUCGUGGGAAAUGAGGCUACAACCUUUGUCAGCCACAAGGCGGUACUGGACCAAGGAAGCGGGCCGGACAAACCAGCAGUCGUGGACAAGGGAGUGGGACCAGCCUACAAAGAGCCUUGUUUCAUGGGCUACAACUCGGUUCGGCAUGAUGAGGCGAGGCUGGAAAGCCUUAGUGCCACAUCUUUCUCGUUAUUUGCUCUCCUUUUAAGCUUGCUUCCAGAUGUCCCAAGGAGGCAGAAUGAGCUCUCGGCCGAGAAUCGGCUUUUGCUGUUUUUAAUUAAGCUCAAACACAAUGUGCCAUUUUCAUGUUUGGGGGUUCUGUUCACUGUGGACCGCAGGACUGCCGCACGAAUGUUUACGCGAACACUAGAAACCCUCUGUGCCAGGACAAAGAGCUGGAUUUGGUGGCCGAGUAGGGCCGCCAUUCAGGCUACCAUGCCACCGAGUUUUAAGGUUAACUACCCUCUUUGCAGGGUUAUUAUAGACUGCACAGAGAUGACAGUUGAAAUGCCCCCCACCGUCGAGCAGCAAAACCUGUGGUACUCACAGUACAAGGGAUGCUUCACUGUGAAGUAUUUAAUCGGAAUUGCACCCAGCGGGCUGGUGACGUUUCUUUCUGAUGGGUUUGGAGGACGCACAAGCGAUACUGCCAUCACAGUAGAAUCUGGAUUUUUGCUCAAGCUGCAGCCAAACGAUGUUGUCCUCGCUGACAAAGGCUUCCCAGGGAUAGUGACUGGUGUCGGCGCCCAAAGAGCCACGUUGGUGAUGCCACCGUUUGCAUCGGGUGCACAGUUUACCGAGGUAGAGGUGGACUCUACGUACGCUACUGCCUCCGUCAGGAUACACGUAGAAAGAGUUAUUCAAAGGGUGAAAAUCUACACCAUCACCAGACGUAUUUCGCACCACCUGAUCCCACACUUGGACAAUGUUAUGCACAUUUUAUGUGUCCUAACAAACCUAAGGCCAGGGAUAUUUAAGUCACAGAAGGAGCAGUAGUCUUCCGCCUAAGCUGCAUGACUCGGCAAAGAGCAAAAGUUUAAGCCUCAGUGAUCUGUCAACGAAUAAAACAGAAAAAAAAAGCUGCGUUUUAGUUUGUUCUCAAAAGAAAUUAACCGUAAGUUUGUGGUGUUUCCUUCAUGAUGCAUUCUCUCCCGGCCUCUGGAGAACAGUAGGAUACAAGAUUAUUUUCAGUUUACAGAUCACUUUGCAAUCCUUAGUAAUGCCUUCGUGCAAUAAUGAUUCAGAAACAAAAUAGUGUUUUGAUUUUUUAUUUAGGCUUCUGUACAGUGUAUUGCAAUUCUCAGUUUUUUAAAAGGUUAAGAAGCGCAAACAAAACGAGGACGAGGAAGCCACGAAUAUGACUGGACAGGUGCUAACUCACAACUGAUUUUAUUAGAAAUUCAUCGUAGCUUAUAUCCACAAAUUCCCUUGCUUGACUUGCAUCGCAACAAUUUGCCACUCCUACAUGCAGCCAUCCAAAACAGAAACCUCAUUCUGAUGUAGAAAAAGAGAAGGCAUACUAACGCACAAGAGAGGUUAUCGAGGCCCUAUGGCCAGUGCGUUAGCGCGCCUUCUUUUUUUCUACAUCAGAAUGGUUUCUUUUUUGGAUGGCUGCAUGUAGGAGUGGCGAAUUGUUGCGAUGCAAGUCGGGCAACGGAAUUUGUGGAUAUAAGCUAGGAUGAAUUUCUAAUAAAAUCAGUUGUGAGUUAGCACCCGUCCUCGUUCCUUUCCCGUCCUCGUUUUGUCUACGCUUCUUAACCUUUUAGAUCCUGAACCAACUCGCCCAAACUCGUUUGAAUCCAUCCCAGUUUUUUUGCUACACACAUUUUAGCGUUAUUUGUGGAGGUUGCUUUUUUUCAACAAAGUGCAGCAAGUUCCUGUAUGAAAAAGGUGAAAUAAAAUGAUCUAAGCGAUGGGAUUGCAUAAGAGA